GAGAUCAACUUUGAAAAUAUUUGAUUUUUGGGUUUGUUUGGGAAGCCAAUGCCAUUUGUUUAGAAUUGUGAUUAAAAAGUUUUGAAAGAGGACUGAUUUUCAAUGUCUUGGGCUGGCCCUGAUGAUAUCUUUCUCUCCACUUCUCUUGCAACUUAUCUCGACAAGAAACUCCUUGUCUUGCUGAGAGAUGGCCGGAAGCUUUUGGGAUUACUACGUUCUUUUGAUCAAUUCGCUAAUGUUGUUCUAGAAGGAGCUUGCGAACGGGUUAUUGUUGGCAAUUUGUACUGUGAUGUCCCGUUAGGUCUCUAUGUAAUCCGUGGGGAGAAUGUUGUCUUAAUAGGAGAGCUGGACUUGGAAAAGGAGGAGCUUCCGCCACAUAUGACUGCUGUGUCGGAAGCUGAGAUAAAAAGGGCUCAGAAAGCUGAAAGGGAAGCAACAGAUCUGAAGGGCUCCAUGAGAAAAAGAAUGGAGUUUCUUGAUUUCGAUUAAUGGAUCCCGCCAGUUCGAUAGAGUUUCAUGCUAUGUUCGCAAAUAUUAGUGCGAUUUUGACCCAAAAAUUGUAACAACGGUGGGAUAGCAUGAAAGAUUCUUGCAUUAUAUCUGUUAUUGGAGGAGGAAGUUAAAAGAAGGGGUAAAAGUUCUCAACCAUUCUGAAGACCUUGUAUAUCUGCUAAAAAAGCUUGGCGAGAGGAAGUUCGUUUUUCCCAUCUCUUAAGAGGCAAGUAAGAUGAUUUCCUCUACGUGUAAUACGGGUUUUAGGGUUCUAGAAGUGUUCUAUUUAUACCCGAAAACGUCUUUACUCCUUAUUUUAAGUUUAUCUACUUCCUUUCUGGGAUCUUACAUUUCAUUUGAGUAGAGAACUGUUCAAGAUUGCUGUAGAUUUACUUUGGCGCCGCAUUUUGUUAUGGCACUAUCACUUUCGAUUAUAUUCGUAACAUGUUUAGUUAUGUUUCAUGAUCAUUAGAU